AUGAAACUGAAUAAUUUGACACAUUCACCUUGUUUAUUCAACAAGUUCCAUAUAUACUUUGAUGUUCGAGCUCGUGUCCUUAUAAUUGCUACAGAUGAAGAGAGCGACCCGUACAAGAGGGCAUCAAGGUCCAACAUCCUGAUGGUGAUCUCAUGUCUGCUGAAUGACUGCAGCUCCGGGGUCUCAUUUGUGUUUCAGUUCUCCAGCUACUAUGGUCAAGAACCUGAAGAUGACAACGACGAAUUGGAUAGCAAAGACGAGACCAUCUGCUCACUCGACUGGGAGCGGAGCGGCGACAUCCGAGACGACGAGAUCAAUGAGAUAAUCAUCUGCCUGCCACGACAAAGCGUCGCGCGCUCGAUGGCGAAGGAUGGAACCAAAUUGUUUAGGGAAAACCUAUACACCGACCAGGUCCGUGGCUACUGGCCACUGCACACCACCCACGCGGGUGUGGGCCUGGCCCAGUUGGACGGCGCCGGCAGCAAGGAGAUCUCUACUCCUGUGGGAGACGACGUCCACGGCCAGGAGAGGGCUGCCCUGGAGCGCGUUGGCGCCCAAGGCGUAGAGAGCCUUGCCAGGGAGAGCGACGGUGUUGGCCCCAACAUCGCCGCGAUGCAGAUCCUGAAGACUAGUGCAGACAAAAACACCUGCCACUAG